CAAAAUAUGUGUGGCGUUUUUAAGACGUGGUAAUAAUCACGUAUAAAGUUACACUUUUAGAUUAUUUUUUGUUCUCAAUUCGCUAGCAGGUGACGUUUUUUUGGUAAGCUAGCUAGUCCAAUGCUAGCUACGGUGUGUUAGCCGGUUAUGCUAAAUCGAGUUCCAAAAGCUUUUUUUCUCUCUCUCCCUUUUCCCUCUCCUCCGCAAAAGCGCGGAUUCAACCUCAAACCCUGGCGCGCGCACCGCACAAGCGCACUACCGCAGGGCCCGAACGGGCGGGCACGUGCGCCCUACGUAGUGCACUAGACGACAAAUGAGAGCGUAUUUUGGGACCGAGCCUGCUAACUAGCCUUGCACAACUUGCUCGGCUAACUUCUCAUGAAUGACUCGCUUUUGGUUAGAGUACUUAAACGCCUUAUUGAUUUUUUUUUAAACCUUCAAUGAAACGAAAUUGUUUGUUUUGUAAUCUGUGGCACUGAAUGAAUUAAAAGUUUGUCCGUUUGUAGUUUUUUUUCCCUCCCCCGUUGUAUGUGAAUGCGGUUGCUAGUUUAGCAGGUGGUGAGCUGUUAGCUAGCAACACGUUUGUUUUUGUUCAGUCACGCCGGAGGGUUGGGGUGUUUAUAUGAGGUUUAUCUGAUUAAAUGUGUGUUUAAUUAUAAAGUGAACGGUGCUUGUCUUGCGUGAGAGAGAGAGAGGUCGCGAGCUCUGGAAAACCCGGCGCGCGCGCGCGCGCGCACACACACACGUGAGGAGAAUCUUUUUUUUUCUUCACCUUUUCUAGUCAGGGAUAAAAGGUGCCCAUAUUCUGCCGCAGAGGAGAGCACCACGAUGAGGAGUCAGUAGGCACCCUCCAUAGUAUGGCCGCGUCCCGUUCUUCGCGUGUCACAAGAUCAUCAGUGGGGUUAAAUGGAUUGGACGAGAACUUUUGUGGCCGAACCCUCAGGAACCGCAGCAUCGCACAGCCGGAAGAGACCUCGCCUCCUCCUACACCCAGAACUCGCUUGCCCUCGAAGAAGCAGGACUGCCAGCAGGCUGGGACUCAGUCGGGGAAGGUAGCGGAAGGAGAGUCCUUGCCGACCCACAGGAAACGGGGCCUGUCCGUCUCGGAGAAGGACGAGGCGGAGAAGUCAGACGCCGCCGAAAGAGUUCGGGCCGGGGGAGGACAAGAAGCCUCCCCUUCCCUGAAGAGGGCUAAGCGGUGCUCUCGCUCAGGGGAAUCCCAAGGAACCGAGGAGGAACCUUCUCUCAAACCUGAGAGCCCUGGUCCGGCUGCGGCCAAGGGCAACGAUGAAGAUUCGAAAUCGGACUUUGCUUCAAACUCGCCCUCAGAUUCGGGCUUGGCGCUGUCUGUCAGCCUCGAUAAAGAUUGUGAGGAGGAAAAGGACGAGGACAAGAAGGAGCGUGGUCCUUCUCUGCCGGGCAGCGAGUCCCACAAGGCGACCAACGGCCUGGCCGAGGUCCAUAAGGAUGACUUAGAAACUGCAGCCUUGCCUGCAGAGCCCUGUGCCUGCCCCACCACGCUUACGAACAGUCCCUCGCUGCCCAAUGGCAGCCAAGUGGCAGCUUCAACCCUGGACCCCAUUGUGCCUUGUACAUCCCCGAUUCUUAAACAGGUGGACGAGUCCAAUGGCCCACAGGCUGACAGAGAGAGGAACUGCUCAGCUGAGGAGGCCUCUGAAGCUGUUCUGUCUCUGGAACCGGAGGUAGAGGUCGAGGUAGACGUGGUCGGGGACACUAGCCAGGUCCAGGAGGAACAUGCAGCUGAGGAGAGCACUAACGGUGGCCUGCUUGUGGAUCUGCAGGACCCUUCAGACGAUUGCUCAAACAUCUCAGGGGAAACGGCAGGGCUGACCUCCCAGCUUCCCUCAGAGCCGCCUUCCUUCACCGAGCCUCAAGAGCAUAGGUACACCUUGAGGACUUCCCCUCGCCGCACUUCCUGUGUUAGUGGGCCAAGAUGCAGCUCCCCGAAGCUUGGUUCCCCCCACGCGGAUAACGGAUUAUUGAAGGAGGAGGUUGCGGUGGUUCCUCUGGACUUGGACGACUCAGCCUGCCAUAAAGAAACUCCGGCGGACGGGCCGAGUCUCGUUAGCGAGGCCCACGGCGAACUCUCCGAACACAUAGGGGCCAAAGUCAAUGAAGACGCUGGCUUGUUGGAUAGAGUGUCCAGAUCCACCAAAGAACCAUCAGUCGGGCAGAACGAGGAGGAAGAGGCAGAGGAAGACGAUCCUGAUGUCUACUAUUUCGAGUCCGAUCACUUGGCUCUUAAACACAACAAAGACUAUCAGAGACUGCUCCAGACCAUCAGCGUGUUGGAGGCCCAGAGAACCCAGGCCAUCCUGGAUCUGGAGGCACUGGCUCGCCACCAGAAGCAGGCCAUGGCUAACCCUGUUGCCUUCGUGGACCAGCUUCAGAAACAGGUGGAGUUGGGCUUGCCCUGCCCUCAGAGAGUGGUCCAGCUCCCCGAAAUCGCAUGGGACCAAUACACCUCAGGCCGCAGUGAAUUCGAAAGGGACUUUUGUGACAAGAAGCGCAAGACCAGGCGGUUGAAGUUAAUCUUCGAUAAAGUGGGCUUACCGGCAAGACCAAAAAGUCCGACCGAUUCCAAGAAGGAGAGCGACGGCUCCACUCUGUACUCGUCUCUGCCUUCCAGCGAUGCCCCAGAACACGGCAUGCUUGGAAACAGGACCCAGAUGAUCAGAGGGAGGCCGUACCACCAGAACAAACCAGACACAUUUAACCAGCUGUGGACGGUAGAGGAGCAGAAAAAGCUGGAGCAGCUGCUGCUCAAGUUCCCACCCGAGGAGGUGGAGUCUAAACGAUGGCAGAAGAUCGCGGACGAGCUGGGGAACAGGACGGCCAAACAGGUCGCCAGCCGAGUGCAGAAGUAUUUCAUUAAACUGACAAAGGCGGGAAUUCCAGUUCCGGGACGAACUCCAAACCUGUGCAUGUACAACAAAAAGACCUCAAAUAAGAGGCAGCAUCACCUGAACAAGCACCUGUACCGACCGUCCACCUUCCUCACAUCCUACGAGCCACCCGUCUACAUGGAGGACGAAGACGAGCGCUCCAGCUUCAUCAGCAGUCUGCAGGACGGCACGGCCCACGAUUCGGAUGAAGAGGACCUACCGGUGGAGCUGAGGCACCUGCCCGAGUACAAAGAGCUGCAGGAGCUGAAAAGACUCAGGAAGCAGAAGAUCCACGAGCUCCAUAGCGAGAGCACCCUCACACAGCACAUAGGCUACAAGUGUGAUAUGUGUGGCGUAGAGCCGAUCCAGGGCGUACGGUGGCACUGCCAGGACUGUCCUCAGGACAACGCCGUCGACUUCUGUGCCAACUGCGCCGACUGCGCGUUUAAGACGGACACACACACGCCGAGUCACCGCCUGGAGCCGGUCCAGCAUGCAGAGAGCUUCCUGGACAGAGACUACUGCCUGCCUGCCAGCACCGCCUACAACUACCUGGACCCCAACUACUUCCCGGCUAACAGAUGACAGGAGCGAGGCAGGGCCGCUCGAACCCGGGGUCAGCAGUUCACCGGAAACAGUUUGGCUUACAGCAGGAGGACCCUGAGCUGACCCCACCACUCUGCUCUGCUCGAGCUCACACCUCGCCAUCUUCAACGCGAAAGGGAGGGAGCGACGUCCCCGAAUCGUCUCCACUCCCCGACCGUCACCCAGCUGCUGUCAGGCCUUCGUGUGUGUGUGUGUGUGUGUGUGUGUGUGUGUGUGAGAGGGUGGAGAUGAAAAGGGACUCAGUGCUGACUUUUCCAUUCACGCCAGGUUUUUAACCAGGAGGAUUUGCUAACAAAUCAGACGUUCUUAAUUUACAGACCCUGAACACACACUUUUACUAGAAGCUGCUUGUUUUUGUUUUUUUUUUGUUCUCCUUUCUCUCUCACAACCUUACAUCAUGAUCAUGUGUUUUUCUUUUUUUAAUGUUUAAAGCUCCAGCCCAUGAAGCACUACAGCACGGACGAGACCAGCUGAGAGACGCACUUGGUAGGUGUUAAUAGCGUAUGGAGUGUCGUGUUCUCUCUCUCUCUCUCUCUCUCUCUCUCUUUCUCUCUCACAUAUCCCGUCCUCCUCACUUCUUCUCGGUGUGUACUGUCGUCGAUCAUGUGGCGUAAUAAAAACGUACGGUGAAUCUAGCCAGUGGUAGGUGCUGUGCCAUUUUUGUUUAUUUAUUUUCUUUCUUUUCUUUUUUCUUUUCUUUUUUUUUAGUGUCUGGAUGAUUCCAUGUCUCACGUUUCAUGGGGGGGGGGAUAAAAAAAAAAAUCUGCCCGGUCAUCACACUUGGUUGUCGUGUUUUUUUUUUUCUCCUUUUCUUUUUCUCUCUCUCUCUCUCACCUCAUGGUCCAUGAUGAUAAAAGUGUAUUUUUAUUAAUCUAUUUAAGAAAAAAAAAGAA